AUGGUCAUCUUCAAGUCAAGACAACCGCCAAUUGACUCACCAACGGAUCUUACUGAUUGGGACUGGCUAUUCGAAUCUGCAUACUCUCCAAUCAGAAACUACCCCUCCAACGAGCUCGCAGGCUUCCAGAAUGCGUUGACAAAAGAGCGGGUGAAUUGGGCAGACGUAAAGCGGUAUUCGACAUACAUUUCGACAGCGCUGGUCAAGAACUAUGGCCUCAAAGAAGGAGAGACAGUAUCUCUAUUCAGCCAUAAUACCGUUUGGUAUCCAGUCGCCAUGUUUUCAGGCUUGAGGGUUGGAGCAAAAAUCAGCGGUGCAUCGCCAGCAUACAACAUCGAAGAAAUGACGUUUGCGCUCAAGACUGCGGAAGCAAGGUUUCUCAUGACCACACCAGGCAGUAUGGAGAUUGCUUCGGCGAGCGCCAAAGCUGCAGGGCUCCCGCAAUCGAAUGAUCUGAUCCGCAUCGGCAAGACACAUGGAGAAGCUGGGCAAGCGCCCGCAUUCAAGCUGGAGCCAGGCAAGAAGAACAAGGACGUCUGUGGCUUUCUUUCAUUUUCCAGUGGAACAACAGGGCUUCCCAAAGCUGUAAUGAUCUCCCAUCAGAAUGUCAUUGCGCAGUGUCUUCAAAUUCAACAGAUUACACCGACUACGCAGAAGAAGAUCAUGGCUGUUCUUCCGCUCUUUCAUAUCACUGGUCUCGUACACCAAAUGCACUUGCCCAUCUUACUGAAUGCCGAAGUAGUCAUGCUACCACAGUUCACCAUGGAAGGCAUGCUAAACGUCAUUGUGGAGUAUAAACUUGCGGAACUUCUCCUCGUACCUCCCAUUCUAAUCAGACUGGUCCGCGAUCCACUCGUGGACAAGUACGACCUGAGCCACAUCACUCGCUUCUCCUCAGGCGCAGCCCCCCUCUCUGAAGAAAUCAUCCAGCAGCUUCAGAAGAAGUUCCCGCAAACGGGAUUCAAGCAAGGCUACGGCAUGACCGAGUCGUGCAGCUGUAUCACCGCACAUCCGCCCGACAAGUAUUCCUACAAAUACGCACACUCUGGCGGUGCCAUCGUGGCCUCCACCGAGGUCAAAAUCAUCAAGGACGACGGCACAGAAGCAGAUGUUGGCGAGGAUGGGGAGGUCCUCGCGCGUGGUCCACAGGUUGUCAUGGGCUACCUGGGCAACGACAAGGCCACGCGCGAGACCUUUGACGCAGAGGGUUUCCUGCACACGGGUGAUCGCGGCAACAUUGACAGCGAAGGCAUGAUCCACAUCACCGACCGCAUCAAAGAACUCAUCAAAGUCAAAGGCAUCGGCGUCGCUCCCGCAGAACUAGAAGACCUGCUUCUCGGCCAUCCCAGCGUAGAAGACGUCGCCGUCCUCAGCAUCCAAGAUGAGUAUUCCGGAGAGCUGCCAAAGGCGUAUAUUGUACUCAAACCGGCGGUGGUGCAGACCUCUGCCGUGGCAAGGGAAAUUAUGGCCUAUGUCAAGCAGAAGAAGAUGCGGUAUAAGUGGAUCAAGGAAAUCGAGUUUAUCGAUGAGAUCCCCAAGAGCCCCUCGGGAAAGAUUCUAAGACGUGUGUUGAGAGAUAAAGAAAAGGCUGGGCAAUUUGGGAUGGUGGUUCGCGAUGAAGAGAGGGCGAAAUUGUAG